AUGGCUGGCGUGCUCGACGGGUUUAUCUCAUCCCGGCGUCGACCUUCAAGGUCCCGAUCAGAAUCCGGGAAGCAGCUUCAUGCUCGAUGGGGCGAUGUUGCAAUCACUGCUCCGAAUGGCGGUUGGACCCAGCAUUAUGUGGAAGGUGACCUCAAUAACGUCACCUAUCAAGCUCACGGCAGUCCCGACUCCCAGAAAACCCUCGUCAACAACUCCCCAGACCUGAGUUUCAAAGACGAGAUUGAAAAGGUCAGCGUCGAAGCAUUCAGACAGCCAACUCCUCCGCUCAUCCAGAGAGAACGAGGUGGAAUCACCAUCACCAUCCCAUUUCCAUGGAGUCGGAAGUCACAUCGAAGAUCGUCAUCGGCCAGCGGCCACAAGCAGGCCCCGCUGGCCCAAGGGGCAGAGAAGGUGAUCACGGCGGAAUCCCGGCCCGUUCUUAGCAGUAUCACAACCAACAUUGACGAAGUCAUUGUCGCGGAAUCCAGACCAGCCAUUGAACCAUAUCGAUCAAACUCGCCCAUCAUGCACACUCAGUCACCCGUAUAUGACGAUGUCAGCACCUUCUUCACAAGGGCAGCCUUUCCCGAGAAGCAUCCCGGUCCGACGCGACUACCACAGAUCCAGACAUCUGUUCCACCCAACAAGAGUCAACCGGCUUCGGCAGUCUCCAUUCUGAGUCCAGUGGCAGAGAAGUACAACGGGCUCUCGGAGAGUAACAAUGCCACACCCAUGGAUAACACUCCCAUUGCUCGAAAGAUUGAAUCCGCCCUCCCUGUGGCUUACGAUGGACAGAUUGAUGCUGCAAGCUUGGCCAGCCGUCUGGAAAGCCAUGCUCGCACCCCGCCUCCAAUUCUACCAUCAUCUCAGACCCCUAGCUCAGAUGAUGAAGCUCCUGACACAGCAAUUGAGAGACCCGACUCCCGCAGUACUGCUAGAGCACCUUCCCGUCCCCCUUCUCGAGGGCCUGGCAUCGGUGAAGUGAGUUACAUGCGAGCGUCAUCCCGGGGGCCCGUAGAGCAAAGGGAUGGACGUCGGUCUGCUUCUCGAGAACCCGCUGAGCGGCGAGCUGGCUCGGUGGAACCGCUGCGACGAAGAGCUCUUUCGAGAGAACCCGCACAACGCCGUGCAGAUUCUCCCGUGCGAGGUGUGACUGGUCAUUCCUUUUCCCGAAGGACUGGCCGAAGAAACGCGUCUCGCGAACCAAUCUCCAGGCGCUCUCUAGGUAGAGAACCAGUUGCGCGACAUGCCGACUCUCCUCCACUAGUAAGUCGUCGAGCUCUGUCCCGUGAGCCCGCUGUUCGCCGUGCAGAUUCACCAGAACCGAAAACCCGCCGGGCUCUGUCUCGCGGACAAGCUGUUCACGAGUCCAUCUCACCAGAAGCGACCAUUCCUCGCGUCUUUUCUGACGAGCCGGUCCGUCCUCGCGCCGAGUCUCCAGGCCCAGAUCCUCGGCGGCGAGCACGUUCCCGAGACCCAUCCGCUCGACGCGAAAUCUCUCCGGUCGGUUACAAUCGUCGAGCAAUCUCUCGUGAGCCAUACACUCGUCGUCGUAUCUCUGAUGACUAUUCUCAGCGCGCUAUGUCAGUCGACCCUUUUCAGCGUCGCCCCAAAGACGGCGUUCACUCGCGCCAUGCUAGCCCUAGGGACGACAUCUUCGCCCGCCACGCCAGUCCCAGAGAUGAUAUCAUUUCUCGUCGUGGAACCCCGGUUGUGGCAUCUGCCGACAGGGAAAGCGCGGCAGAUUCGACCUCUGCUAGUGAGCUGACAGCCGAUGAGGCCACCGACAUCGAGACCGAGACGGACGAGAUGUACUUUGAAUCGCGCAAGGGAUGGAACGGCCCCGCGGUGGUGGGAGCCUCCAGCAAAGGGUUCUACGGCGACGUUGUCCAGGACUACAAACUCAUUGCCCGUGACGUUGAGGCCGAAAUCGCGGCGUCCGAGGCGCAGGUCUCGGGGAUCAACAUUGUCAACUUGAUCAAGAAAGACAAAGAGAAAGAGAAGGACAAGGCAGUAAAGGUGUACGAAGGACCGGAUUUGGUGCCGCCCCAGGACGAAUUAUGGGGAUGA